AUGACUGAAACAGAGGGUCAAUUACUAAGAGAAUUAGUUCCUGUUUGCCAAUGGCUUCCACAAAAUUCACCUAAUCCAACUUCAACAUCCCACAUUUUCCAGAUAACACUACAACAAUGUCCUCAUCCAGCUGGACAAUUCCGUAUAAACUCAACUACUGCUCAUCCUCUCAGAGUCGAAUACGAUGCAAAACUUCGUUUUUAUAGUAAUGUUUUAUCUCCUGUUGAAAAUUUAUUACCACAAGGAAUUUAUUUUAUUGAAACACCUGCCGGAUUUUUGGCCGCUUCUGAUUUUGUUCUAUGUACUAAUAAUUACACCGUGGCCAAGAUGCCCGUGGAAAUGAAGACGCGCCACAACCUUAAUCUAUGUGGUUGUAAUUUCUGGGAAAUUUAUCAAGAUGCCGACUGGCAAGAAACAACUCCAACAACCCUGCAUGUUUCCCGUGUUGUUCAACCUGAUAAUGACAAUCCAACUUUAAGCGAAUGCGUUUACUACAUCAUCCAACUUGCAAUUAACGAUGAUGUCGGGAGGAAGCAGAGUUCAUUAGUAAAGACCAGUAGUAAAAAAACAACUGCAAGUUCAUCCAAGGGAAUUACCAAUACAUAG